CAGGUGCGCAAAUACGCACAGAUCUUCCCGUGCACGCGCGAAAAUGGGCAACUGCAUCGUACCUUACUGCGAUGGGCCCAAAAACACCAACGUCCGAUUCACUCUGCCGGCUGUGUGCUUUGUGUGGCAGACCGCCAUGAUCAUCCUCUUCGGGGUGUUCGUGCGGUAUAAUGAAGAAUCUGACGCUCACUGGGUUGAAUUUAAAGCUAAAAAGAACAUAACAUCUGACAGUGAGAAUGACUUCUACUUCAGAUAUCCAAGUUUCCAGGAUGUCCACGUUAUGAUUUUUGUGGGCUUUGGAUUCCUCAUGACAUUUUUGAAGCGAUAUGGUUUUGGUGCUGUUGGUUUCAACUUCCUCAUUGCAGCAUUUGGGCUUCAGUGGGCACUGUUAAUGCAAGGCUGGUUCCACUCUCUGGACCCAGCUGAUGGCUUUAUCAAAAUUGGCAUGGAAAACAUAAUCAAUGCUGACUUUUGUGUGGCUGGCUGUUUGAUUGCCUACGGAGCACUUCUAGGGAAAGUCAGUCCUGUGCAGCUCAUGGUGUUGACCCUGUUUGGCAUUACCUUGUUUGCUGUAGAAGAAUUUAUCAUAAUUAGCCUCCUUCAUGCCAGAGAUGCUGGAGGUUCUAUGGUGAUCCACACCUUUGGAGCCUAUUAUGGACUAUCCAUCUCAUGGGUCCUCUAUCGGCCAAACUUGAAGGAUAGCAGUAAGCUGAAUGGCUCAGUCUACCACUCUGAUUUGUUUGCCAUGAUUGGAACUUUGUUUCUGUGGAUGUUCUGGCCCAGUUUUAAUUCUGCCAUUAGUGACCAUGGAGAUGGUCAGCAUAGAGCAGCCAUUAACACCUACCUGUCUCUGGCUGCCACUGUCCUCACCACCUUUGCCAUUUCUAGCCUGUAUCAGAAGCAUGGAAAACUGGACAUGGUGCACAUCCAGAAUUCCACCCUGGCCGGUGGUGUUGCUGUAGGAACAGCUGCUGAGUUCAUGCUAAUGCCAUAUGGCUCUCUGAUAGUAGGGUUCUUCUGUGGUCUCAUCUCCACACUGGGCUACAUUUACAUCUCACCCUAUAUGGAAAGAAAGUUAAAGAUCCAGGACACAUGUGGUAUCCAUAACCUGCAUGCAAUGCCUGGUGUCAUAGGGGGGAUUGUGGGAGCCAUUACAGCUGCUGCUGCUUCUGAACCUGUAUAUGGCAAAGAGGGGUUGAUAAACACAUUUGAUUUUGAGGGGUCAUUCAAAAACAGAACCCCAGCUGUCCAAGGUGGCUACCAGGCAGCUGCAAUGUGUGUCGCUGUGUGCUUUGGAAUAGGAGGUGGAAUACUCGUGGGUCUGAUCCUGAGGAUGCCUAUCUGGGGGUCUGUGGCAGAUGAUAACUGCUUUGAGGACGAGGUCUAUUGGGAGGUGCCUCAGGACGAGGAACCUAUCCCGCCUGUUCUCGAGUAUAACAAUCACAUGGCAACCAACAAGAAUGCAGAAGUGAUGGAAACACGCUUCAAUGUGGAACAGAGCUAAUGCUGGAAGACCAGCGUGCUAUCAGCCUUGACUCUGCAAAUCUGACCACGCGUUGUUUCUCUAAAUAGCAGUAAAGGCAAAUCUUAAUUAUAUACUUUGUUAUAAUGACCAUUUAUCAUACUGACCAUAGAUUAUAAGAUGUGUGUGUACAAUAAAUCACUUGUUCUGUUCAUAUGGUUUUUAUUGCACCCAGAUUUUCCCAUCAAACAUUGAAGUGCAGCAGUGUUGGAAAGGGAAGUGUUUAAAAAUGUUAUUUCAUACACAGAGUGGGUCACAGUCAAAAAGAAGCGUUGCCCCUUUUCAGUAUUUCAUUCAAACUUUCCAGCUUACUUCCUAAUUUUUAAGAGUAAAAUUGCAAAUGUUUGUACUGACUUACAUACUGUCUCUACGUUUUUCAUGGUGUUGAUUUUUGAGGGGUUGAAUCUAUGUCCUUUUAAUGUUUAGCAGGUGGUGACACAUUUCUCGUUCAUGUAUAGUAAACAGUAGCCAUGGAUAUGAUGAUAUAGAAUACAUUUAUAUAUUUAGAAUGACAAAACUAGAAAAGCGAUUGUACUCUAAUUUGAUUGACCUAGCUAAACUCUCAUUCAAAGUUUCAAAUGCUAGUUUAGAAGAAAUUUUCGUAGAAGAAUAGGUAUGAGAUUUUUUAAAAUAUAGUUUUAUACACCUGCCCAAGUAAGAGCAAGAUAGAAAAUAUUCAAGAUUAAAAGAAUGUAAUAGAACUAUACAAUUGACAUUACAUUAUUCCAAAUAUUAUUUGAAUGUUAAAAAUGUAUGUGAUUAUAGCACCAGAAAUUUAAUUACAUUUUCAGUCCGUUUUAAAUUUAUAUUUAUACCUUCCAUAAUUUAAUGUAAUUUAAGUUCAAUUCACAAUCAAUUGAAUUGUAACUUUAAUGCAUAAUCAAUUUAUGAGCAUAUUAUUGAUGUUCUAAUCAUUAAACUGAUUUCAAAAUCCAUUUCUCUAACCGUGUAGAGAAAUAAUCUUUAUUGCCUUGUAUAAGUUUCCAUGUUUUCCCAGGGUUUUUUUUUGUUGUUGUUGUUGUUGUUUUUUUACAACAAAGUAUAGUUUGAUUCUGCCUUCUGCCUAUGGUUUUGUAAAUAAAAGUUCUUACUGAAAUUUUGUGAUAAUGUCGAUUUUUAUGUGCCAUACAUUGUGAGACGGUUAUGUGAAUAAAAUGCACUAUUUUCA